UCUUUAUACAACGUAAAUGUAUUAUUGAAUUGAUUAUUCAAGAGCAUGGAGCCUUGCAUCAUGUUUGGUUCGACGGAAUGGCCAUUCCAUUCCGCCCCUAUUCCACGCACUACAGUGACUCAUUUGUUUGGUUGAAAUUUGACCGCCGAAUAGCUAUUCCGUGCGGGCUCAUUACGCGUAAACGCUGCAUAACCAUUCAGAGGGUUAGGCGCUGAAUGCCUAUUCAAUGGCUCUCGUAAUAGAUUUUUUUUUCAAAGGAAAAUCUCUUCCUACUUCUACUCAUCAUUCAAACGAAAAUCUUUUUGGGUUUUUCAUAAAAUGCAUAGAAUACUCUCUGUUUUUGGAUUUUGGGUGUGGUGGAUUUGCGUGAACUGGAAAAUAUGGAGAAAUCAAUGUCGAAGGCGGAGCUUUCCAAAGAAAUGCACACGUCUCCCACUGUGCAGCCCAGCGAUUGUGGGAACGGCGAGGCUCCGAUCAAUUAUCAACGAUUGUUACAAUCUUGGAGAAGGACUGCCCUAUGUUUGAAAACUUGUUUGAACUUUGUCAAAUUUAUGCUGGUGGGACAAUAGAUGCUGCAAGAAGAUUAAACAAUCAGUUAUGUGAUAUUGCUAUAAAUUGGGCUGGUGGUUUACAUCAUGCCAAGAAGUGGGAGGCAUCUGGCUUUUGUUACAUCAAUGACUUUGGUUUUGGGAAUCUUGGAGCUUCUUAAGUAUAAUGCCCGUGUAUUAUAUAUUGUCUGGUGAACUGGCUGAAAGUGUAUCCAAAAUCAUCGAUUCUCAAUUUGCAGACCGGGUGGAUAUGUCUGAAGUGCAGGAAACUAAAUUUGAUGCCGAAAUGGCUACAAUGACCUGUGUUCCAUGGGGAACCCUUGAAAGCGUUGGGGACCAAUCAGGAUAUGUCAAUGGCAUAAAUAUGAUCCUUAGUAGUAGCAUUCGUGUACUUUGGAGCAUUCUUUCACCUAUUUACUUCCAGUUCUUAUUGGACAAGCUUGCAUCAUCGGUUGGCCCCCCGGUUCUACAUGAAUAUUUUCAAAUGCAAGCAGAUAUCAGAAACUGGACCCUAACAAGUGAGGUCAAAAAUUUCGACAUUUGGAUUUGGUGGGCCAACCGAAGUUACCUAUGGUGGUAAUGCCUUGAAGUUUUAUGCUUCAGUGCAUCUAAAUAUAAGGAGAACAGGACUUGUCAAGAAAGGAGAAGAGACUAUUGGAAGUCAAGUUCUUGUGAAGGUUGUGAAGAACAAGCUUGCCCCUUCAUUUAAGAAAGCUGAAUUUUAGCUUGAGUUUGGCAAGGGAAUAUCCCGGGAAGGGGAGAUCAUAGAUUUGGCAAUGAAACACACACUUGUUACAAAAUCUGGCGCAUUUUACAGUUUCAACGACAGGAAACUCCAUGGCAAGGAAGCCUUUAGAAGGUUUUUGGCGUAAAAUGGCAGUGCUCUUGAAGAACUUGUGAUGAAACUUAGAGAAAAGCUACUUGAUACUGAGAGCAAGAAGGAACGACAAACAAAUAUCUCGGAUGAUUGUGGGUGUAAUUUUGGCGUUGAAAAGUUUUGUGUAUUCAAUGGAUGAGAUAAUACAAGAUCUUGUUUCAAAUUUCCAGGGGCAUCUGACUGUCUCCCUCUCACAUUGUCCUAUUUCCAGCCAUAUUUACCAUGUUAACAAGGGAGCAAUUUAUAUUUGAAAAAUUGCAUUGUACAACUUAGAUUCUUAUUUAAAUUCUGAGAAAUUUUUCUGCUAUCUAACAAA